AUGAUUUUGGAUGAUGGUGACAAUGAAGGUGCCAAUGAAAUUGAAUGGCGUACAAAAGAAUGUGUUUCAAUGACUGAUGAUUAUGAUCAAAUUUUUGAUCGAACCACCGAUGGUAAAUUUGAAGAAGUCCAAUUUGGUGGAAUAAAAAGAGUUCGUCACAAAUGA